CUCCAAAGCGUCACAACUGGCGCACAGGCCCCAGGGCCCAUGGCUGUGCCAUGGUCCAGCUCACUACUGUCCUUUGCAAGGCCUACCAUGGAGGCCACUUAACCAUCUGCCUUGCGCUCAGUGGCUGUACCAACAGGCCUUUCUACCACAUCGUGGCUGCUCACAACAAGUGUCCCAGGGAUGGCCGUUUUGUAGAGCAGCUGGGCUCCUAUGAUCCAAUGCCCAACAGUCAUAGAGAGAAACUCGUUGCUCUCAACCUGGACCAGAUCCAGCAUUGGAUUGGCUGUGGAGCCCACAUUUCAAAGCGUGUGGAAGAACUUCUGGGUCUUUCUGGCUUUUUCCCUCUGCACCUGAUGGUGAUCACAAAUGCUGAGAGGCUGCGAUGGAAACAGGCACGAGAAGUCCUCUUAGCAGCUCAGAAAACAGAUACAGAGGCUACAGAAACAAAAGAGAACUGACUUCAGUGAACAUAGCAGUGGGAACAAACUUGAAGUCCUCUUAAAAUAUUUGUGCAGAACUCUUAGUUUUAUUAUAUUUAGAGGUCAAUAAAUGGAAUUUUUUAAGU